CUUUGAUCAAACAAGACCAACAAGCAACACUACAACUUUAAAGACAGCCUUGAAAAGAAGUUUGCCCUGACAAGAAGUCCAAGAAACUGUGUUAAACUUUAGAGUUCACCCAAAUUUUAAUUACAACUUUGGUCAAAGGCCUACCAAAAGAUCAAUAUCAGCAUCCAAAAAGGCAUAUAUAGAGAUUUCAAAGCCCUCAAACCAACUACAGAUCUAUCCUUUCAACAGAAGUACAGCCAAACCAUAAGAGAAUGUUGAACUCUGCUGAAACUAUCAAGAUUUGUGUCUUGGGUGAUGACGGUGUUGGGAAAUCAUCCAUAACGUUGCAAUAUACCCAAUCUCAUUUCCCGAUAGAUUUUGAUCCAACUAUCGAAGAUACUUACAAUAGAGAUUUGAGAAUCAACCAUAAGGAUUACAGACUACACAUUUUAGAUACUGCUGCUCAAGAUGAUUAUUCACAUUUGAAAGAUCUCCAACUUCAACAAGCUGAUGGGUUUAUUUUAGUUUUUGGACUCAAUUCUCUUGAAAGUAUGGGAUCAGCUGCAAAUAGUUAUAGACAUAUCAUAAGAGUUCAUGGUGAAUUACCACCUAGUAUUCUUAUUGGUAAUAAAGCUGAUCUAGAUAAUGAAAGACUAAUCAGUUCAGAAGAAGCAGAACAACUCGUUGAAGAGUUAGAAUUGAAUAAAUAUUUUGAAGUUAGUGCUAAAAUCAAUCACAACAUCAAAGAAGCAUUCCAAUACUUGGCUGAGACAAUCAUAAAUGAAAGAGAAGAGAAAAAAAGAAUGUUACUACUGAAGGAAAAGGAAACACCAAAAAUUGAAGUUACUGAUGGCUCAAAUGAUACCCUUGCUACAACAUCAGCUUCACCUCAUUCAAGUGAAGAAAGCGUUCCAACUAUGAAGCAAAAACAAACCUUCACCCUUGGUUCCUCCGUGGAGGAAAUCCCAAGUGUUGGUGAUGCUAAGGAAUCUAUAACACAUGUUAGUUCAGUUAGACAAAGAUCUUCUCAAAAUGUCCAGAGAGUUAAUGAAAAGCCUUCACAAAAAGAUGGUGGUGGAUGUUGUAUCAUCAUGUGAAAAGGUUCAACUUUGAAUCAUUUAUUAGAACUAUUUAUUUUAAAGCAUAUUGAAGCUGUUUGAUCAUUCAGUUUUUGAAUUUAUUUUUUUGCAUAUUUGAAUUGUUGUUUGUUGCAUAGAAGAGGAUAAGAACCCUAAAUUUCUAGGGUAUUGUAUUCAUAUUAUUUUUAUUUUGGGCGUUGAUUUGAUUUUCGUAAUAUUGAAUAAUAUAGUGAUGACUUAAGUUUAUAAUAUUUUUAAUUGUACAUAUUAUUGUGGAGGAUAACAAAGACAC